AUGGCUCACUUCUACCUGAAGAGGAAGAUUGGAUACUUCGUGAUCCAGACCUACAUGCCGUGCUUCAUGACCGUCAUCUUGUCGCAGGUGUCAUUCUGGCUCAACCGCGAGUCCGUCCCGGCACGCACUGUCUUCGGUGUGACCACUGUGCUGACCAUGACCACCCUGAGCAUCAGCGCGAGGAACUCUCUUCCCAAAGUGGCCUACGCGACCGCCAUGGACUGGUUCAUUGCCGUUUGCUACGCCUUCGUCUUCUCUGCGCUCAUUGAGUUUGCCACCGUCAACUACUUCACCAAGAGGAGCUGGGCCUGGGACGGCAAGAAGGCCAUGGAGGCACAGCAGCCCAAGAAAAAGGAUCACCUGGCUUUGUCCAAGAAACCCAACAACACCUGUUCCACCGGUGUUAACUACACCGCCAACCUGACCAAGGACCCGUCCAUCUCCACCAUCUCCAACAGCACCGCGGUCCAGCUCAAGCCCACCGAGUCCAAGGCCCCGGACCCCAAAAAGACUUACAACAGCGUCAGCAAGAUCGACAAGAUGUCCCGGAUAGUGUUCCCUGUCCUGUUUGGAACAUUUAACCUGGUUUACUGGGCCACCUAUUUGAACCGAGAGCCCGUCAUCAAAGGAGCAGUGUAA